UUUACGGUUUGCUGUAGUCGCCGGGUACCGGAGGUCGGGCAUGCUCGCCAAACAGACACUGCGAAAGACUAUGCAACCGCCGAAAAGACUGUGAUUUACGCGAAACGACAACGAAAUGUGCCACGGACUUCUUUUCAAAUAUCACCUCCGUUGAGCUGAUAAGUCUCGCGUUCGGAAGAGACUCUUAAAAACGCAAAAGAAGCCCGAAAACAGUCCGUCCGUUUUGUCCUACAAAGGCGCGGAGAGUUUGACAGCGGCUGGCCUCUACUGCGCAGGCGCAACGUUAGAUAAACUGCCAGAGGAGGACGGCGGCAGGAGAAGGAGGACUCCAUGAAACAAUAAAGAGUGAUAUUUUCAAGAGAGGGAAAAGAGAUUAAACAUGAGGAAGGACGUGAGGAUACUUCUUGUGGGGGAACGUAAGUAGUGAAGGUGUUUUAUCCCGAGCGGCUGAAGGUUGUGCUGACAGGAGCUAAAGGCUAACAGCUAAGUUAGCAGAUGCUCACUAUGAAUCAAGAACCGAACCAAACUGAAUUAACCACUGUCUCUUUAAGUGUUUAUUAAAUAUAAAUACAAAGUCAAGUCACUUAAAGGAGUCUAAGUGUUUAAUUCCUCCUAAUAUGCUUGGUUUUAUCUUCCAUUUUGCGCCAAUAUUCGGGUAAAGCUUCAUUCACGUGGUGUUGGAAUAACCGGAAAAUCUGCUCCAGACUGGGAUAAAUCAGCCCAGAGUUAUAUCUGACUCUGGAUUAAUAUACUCUCAAAUUGUCCUUUACAUUAUAACAGAAGACGGAGCGGUUUUCAAAGGGGUGAUGCAAUCUGUUUACCCUUCAAACCUGCUGUUUCCUGCAGUAAAGUACAGGUUGAAUACACCUUGAAUCCUGACCACAAAAUGACACAAGACAGUAGAGCUGAGAUAAUAACAGUUUGGAAGUUAACACCCAAACACAAGCAGAACUGUCCUAUAUUUAUGUGUUACAUAGCCUCUGAUAACUGCACAUAAUUUGGGGAUAGUCCAUAUUACAAAUAGUAAAAUAACAGUUUAUAAGUGGGUGAAACGUUCCUUUAAAACCAAAUCAAGUAUUGUAGACGUUUUGUUUUGGACUAAAAGAACAACUGGAUGAACCAUGUUAACAGACACCUGUCUAAAAAGGUUAUUAGUAUUUCACAGAAUAUCAUAAAAUUUCAAUCAGGACAAGCAAAAAUAUCAUCUCUUAAUUAUUGACAACUGUAUCAAUCAGUCAACUUUAUUUCUAUAGCACAUUUAUAAGAACCACAGGGGUAGCCAAAGUGUUGUACAUUGCAACAGAAAAACAAAAAAGCAAAGAACCGUGUUGUCUUUGCUUUUGCCUUUGCUUUGUAGCUUAUGUAUGUAUUUAAUCAGAAAAACUCUCUCUCUUUUACUAUCGUAAUGUUGUUGUACACCUUAUCCCUUUUUCUUUUCUUUCCUUUUUAUUUUCUUAUUACUUCAAAAGCCGCUGGUGGACAAGUGUUGCGAAUUAGAAUUGUGCUAAAACACUCACACAAUACAUCUGGUUUGUCCAAUGUAAUUGUGAUGUCCACAUUAAAUAAAUGUCAUAAGAGACCCAGACAAUAAAUGAGAACAUGAGGACCAAAAUAAAAACAUAAAAUAGGUGAGAAGAACAAAUAAUAAAAAAGGGGGAUAGAAAGCAGGAAACAGGAUGGUAAAUGUAAAAAGACAAUAUUAAUAAUGAUGAGAAAAUCAUAACAAAAUAAUAUUGAUGGUUAUAGUAAUGAUAAAAUGGAAUAACAAAAAUGAGCGGGAAAAAACAAUAAGAUAAAUAAAAGGCCUAAAAGGUUAAAUAGGAAAAGAUUAGAAGUAAAACAACGGCUAAAAAGACAGUAAGUCGAAAUAAGAGAGGUAAGAGAGAAACAUGAGAAAAGACAGCAUCACAUUAAAGCGGGUCUGUAGAACUGAGUCUUUAAAUUUGACUUGAAAGAUCGACUUUCUCUGCUGUUCGCCUUAUUACCUCUGGCAGGUCGUUCCAAAGUCGAGGAGCUCUGAUGGAGAAAGAUCAAUCACCUUUAGUUUGAGCCUUGACUUUGGAACGACCAGGAGGCCUUCGCCAGAGGAUCUGAGGCUGCGAGUUUUACUCAUAAGGUAUUAAAAGCUCUGUAAUGUAUCUUGGAGCGAGUCCUUCGAGUGCUUUAAAAGUAAUCAAUAAAAUCUUAAAAUUAUUUAUAAGAUUGCGACUACAGGCCAGUCAGUGGUCAUGAGACCUUUUGGCUCUUUCCACAGCCCUAGGAUUGAAGCGAGAACAAUAUACGGUGAAACAGAUCCCACAGUCCUAUGUUGGCUUUGACCUGGUCUGUUUGUUUCCUGUAAAGCUUAUGCGUUGUGGGUACUAUUUAUAUUCAGUUGUGGCUGUACAGGGUGGCCUACAUUGCCACAUUAGGGGGAGUAGGUACCAACUGUCCCAGAGAGACAUGCAGCCAAAAUGCUACGUGCCUGCUUCACCGUCGUGAAGUUCAGGAGGGUUCAUGUUUGUGGGGUCACACAGGCAGCCUGUGAGAAGAACACUGAGGGUUCAGGGAUUUUGUUUACGACUGAAGAUGAUUUCAUUUCUGUAUUUCGAAGUUUGGCUUUUCAACUCUUUAAACUAAAAAGAAGAGCUUCAUGUCCUCACAUCGCAGUCUGCAUCAUAACAAAUGUCCAAAACCCCAAAAUAUUAAAAUGACAGAAAUACAAAACAUGUAAAAUAGACUUUUAUGAUUUAAAAAAGAGAAUAUUUGACAUUACAGCUUCUCAAAUCUCUUAAAAUUUAGUCUUUAAGCUCCUCAAUGAGCUACAUGAAAAGAAUUAUAAAUAUAAAUGUAUCAGAAAUGUAUUUUAGUCACCUUUGAGCGAUAGUGCAGCUUCUCAUGUAAUCUCUGGGCUGAACUUAGGAUCAUGUUUUUCCUCUUUGUGCUGCUGUUUGUAAUUCUCGAAAGCUAAUUGAGAAUCUUUGCCCUUUGCUGCUCUUAUCUGUCUGUGCCCCGUCACCACAUACACUCCCUGGACUGCUCUGUAAAGAUCAGAUUCUCCUUUUCCUUUACAGCCAAGGUGGGGAAGACCUCUCUGAUAAUGUCUCUGGUCAGCGAGGAGUUUCCUGAUGAGGUGUGUAUCAUGAAAUCAUCCUUGUAGACUUAAAGUUUACACUCUUAUCUGGAUCAUCUAUGUUGAAGUGGAUUUGACUGUCUGCUUGCGGAGUUAUAUGCAAAUGAAAUGGUGAUUGUGAUUUUUAUCGCCUGCCAGGUUCCUCUUCGUGCAGAAGAGAUCACCAUCCCAGCUGAUGUCACCCCAGAGAGGGUGCCCACGCACAUAGUGGACUACUCAGGUAAACCCUCCACCCACUACUCAAACAGAGAGUCUGUAAGAGCUGUAGCAGGGUUAUUUUGAGGCCGUUUCUCAGUGAAAUGCCUUUCAGAUGAUGAAACAGUUGGAUCAGUGGCAUCAUAAAUGUUAUUUCUUCAUAAAUCAGAUGUUUGAGAAAGCUCAUCUGUUGGAGGUUUUCUCUGGCAUCUGUAAGAAGCAGCAGCAGCAGCAGUGGUUUCUCUGGAAGGAUAGCAUUGACUUAAGAAGAGAAGUAGCUCUAUUUAGGUUUUUGUGAUUAUUUUCUCCAAUCAAAAAAUUACAUUUACGCUCUGUGAACGUAAAACCUGAAUGUUUGAAAGUCUAAUCCCUCUUGUUGUUCUCCUGCCUGUCUUUCCUGUUUUACUCGGAGACAAUAGAGCCCUGAGAAACCUCAUCACUCACUUUAAAUGACUCAUAUUGGAUGUACGGCGCCUAUACACUGAUCUCAUUAUCUCCAUACUUAAAAGAGCAGGUUAGCUUUACAACAGCAUGACCUGAUGAGCUGUGAAACUCUGAACAUAUGUCGCUUUCUUACGCCUCCAGAAGCUGAACAAUCAGACGAGCAGCUGUACCAGGAAAUAUCGAAGGUAGGUCUGACUUUGUUUUAGUUCUCACCUUCACCUCGUGUGUUUCUAACGUAAACCUGAUGCAAAUAUUCCCCCUUUUUGUCUGUACAGGCUAAUGUCAUCUGCAUAGUUUAUUCAGUCAACAAUAAGAAGUCCAUUGAAAAGGUGAGUGUGAUUCUCAUUAAAUACACGUUAGUGUUUGAAACACGACACCGCACAGACUGUAUGUGAGUGUUUGAUGUUGUGCUUUACUCCUCCAGGUGACGAGUCACUGGAUCCCGCUCAUAAACGACAGGACGGACAAAGAUAGCAGGUGUGUUCAUGUGACUCAAACAGAUAUGUGUGUUUGUGUUCGUGUGUCUGGAGUGGCUUAAUUUGCAGCAGCUGAUUUGGCUUUUACUUUGACCCACUCAGAUAUUUGGCUCAGUCCACAUGAACAUGUUUUUGUCCUGAAAAGAUUUCUUCCUCUGCUGCAUCUUCGACCCUAAAAAACAGCGAAAUAUCGUUGGAAAAGUGUGGAUUUUUUUCAGGGUUGUUUUGCAGCUGCUGGCGUCUGCAACCUGCAAUUACUUUGAAAUGUUGUGAUGAUUAUUUUUAAGCUGAGGGUCAGCAGUUCAGGAAGCAUUUUACUGGAGUGUGUGCAGUCGAAGUUCAGGGAACUAGAGACGAGUUUAAGCUGCUCGAAAUCAUGAAAAAAAGAGAUAAACAUUAUUAAGCUAAUACUUAAUUUAGGUGUGAUUAAAUAUCUGGAUGUAAAUUGUUAUCCAGACUGAAUAAGAACCAUAAUCCUUCAGGCCAAUUAUUAGAGUUUUGAUUUAAUUGAUUUAGAGUUCCUGUUUCAUGACUCAUCCUAAUGACGCUCAAGAUUAAUCUUUAACUUCACCUUGUGGGGCUGUUUUGUAUUUGAUUUUAGGGAUUGAUUUAUGUCGAUAUUUGAGUGUAUGAUGCUCUGUUUUAAGAUUUAUUCAUUAUCACCAUGCAGAACCAUCAUAUUAUCAUAUUAUCCAUUACUAUGGGCUGGGUAUUGGGUUUUGAUUUUGUCCUAAAGAUACGAAAACAUAACUAAGUGUGGCUGCAACUCCAGAGUAUUUGUCUCACAGCCUCCACAGCAGACUAUUUUAAAAAUAUAUCUUUGCAGAAUCUGCAGAAAACAAAGUAUUGUAUGGUCAGCACAGUUUUUAAGAGUACUUCUGACAUCUCUCCUUGUUCAGCCUGUUAAAAUAACCUACAAUCGAACUAAACGAGCAGAAUCUGCAGAAGCAUUUGUGCGUUUUUGUCUCUGUUUGUGUCGUCUGUGUUUUAAAGUAACCCAUCUGUUGGUGAACUGUUGCAGCUCCGUGAUCCAUGCAUGACUCGCUGUUUUGCAGGGUUCCACUGAUUCUAGUAGGAAACAAGUCCGACCUGGUGGAACACAGCAGCAUGGAGACCAUCCUGCCCAUCAUGAACCAGUACCAGGACAUCGAGACCUGCGUAGAGGUGAGAGAUCAGUGCAUACAAACCAUCUGAAGGCUGAAUGAAACACUUGAGAGUAAAAGGCUGCAGCCCUGCCUUUUACUCUCUCUCUCAGACUCAGAGUCAUUAAUAGAUUUAUAUCAGCGAGCUCUCGCUCUGAGGCCGUCCUGCUGACUGAUGGACUGUGUGAGUGUGUUGAGAAGAGAAGCUUUCCUCCGUCUGCGUUUGAGCUGAAUUCAAAUUUCCCUCUGUAGCACGAGACGCUCGGUCAUGCCCUCCUCAGGGGGAUUAUUUACAAAGUUAAAAAAAGGGAUGUGAGGCGGACGUGAGAGACGGCACAUCCAGAGUCAGCCGGUAUGAAAGAUGUGACCUAAUGUCGCGCUGCUGGCUCAGUGUCGGGCUGGUCGGCCUAAUUCUCUAAAUGGAUUACAUUUCAUUUUCAUAUUCAGUUUCAGUGAUGAGAGAGAGCGCAUUAAGACUGAUUUAUUUCAACAAAACAGGCCCUUUAAUGAUGCAAACUUCACUGUGCUUUUCUUGGAAAUUACUGAGUUGAAGUUUAACAGAAAUUAAAGAAACCCGCGGCUGUUCAGGUCUCUGCAGAUCAGUUAGAUAGCAGUUUCUCUCCCUCUGGGCAUUAACACUCACAAACACAUGUGACCCUCUUUUUUUAUUUCUUCUGCUUCCUCAGUGCUCUGCCAAAAAUCUGAAGAACAUCUCUGAGCUGUUUUACUACGCCCAGAAGGCUGUCCUCCACCCGACCGGACCCCUGUACUGCCCGGAGGAGAAGGAGGUGAGAACUUCACGGUCUUAAACUCUGUCUUCAUGGAUAUUUUUAGUGGAUAUUAUCAGUCCUUAAAACAGGCAUAGACUCACUUUCUCAGAGCGCCAACAGAGGUGACACACUGCCUCAUAUUUGUGCCAAGAACCAGCAAAAGUAGACAUGACUGUUUUUAAAUUUAGUCAUAAUAGAAAAAGCACAGGUAUCAAGUUUAGAUACAGAGUUUAAGAAAUGAUCAUGGCCUCCCUGAGUGAUGUGUCUAUGAUUUCUGUUGAUUACUGUGAUCUCUUAGUUCAGAUAAGCAGCUUCACGAUGAUGUUUCUUCUUCACUACAGUUGAAACCGUCUUGCAUAAAGGCUUUAACUCGAAUCUUCAAAGUCUCUGACCUUGACAACGACGGCGUCCUCAACGACAACGAGCUCAACUUCUUCCAGGUAAUAUUUUCUGUUUUAGAUCAUCACGACUUCAACAAUCUGGUCGCCACGCCAGGCCGCUCUGUGCCAAACGGCUUAGCUGGUGUCAGAGGGCAGGUUUCAGCAUGAGCCUGAAAAAAUCUGCAGCAUAACAAAGCGUUUCGUGUUUGGCAUGUUUGCAGAGGACGUGUUUUAACACACCGCUGGCGCCUCAGGCCUUAGAGGAUGUAAAAAACGUGGUCAGGAGGAACAUGACGGAUGGAGUGAAGGACAACGGCCUCACGCUGAAAGGUCAGGCGCUCUUCUGUCUUCAUUUACCUUUAUCAACAUCACAGAGCGCUGACCACACCCUCUCCUCGUUUCUGUAUCACAGGCUUCCUGUUCCUGCACACGCUCUUCAUACAGCGAGGUCGACACGAGACCACCUGGACUGUUCUGAGGCGGUUUGGUUAUGACGAUGACCUGGAGCUCACGCAGGAGUACCUGUUUCCCCUGUUAGUGCUGGUUUAAUGCUUGAUUUGGUUCAUAUAAAGACAAAGAGGAGGCAGGAAAGAAGAAGAUCGUGUAGAUCAGCUUCUACCUUCAUUAUCUAUGAUGAUCCCUGCUUCCUUUACCUCUAUGAUCCUGUUUGAGGUCUUUCUACUGUCAUCAGACAUUGUACACCCUACACAGCCGAUUACAGAGCCAACAUAGCUGAGCAUUCACACACACUAACACACACACACUCACACACAUUAACACACACACGUGCCUGUGGGCAAUUUUGACUAAUCAGUCGACCCAGCAAGCAUCUCUCUAAACUGUGGAAGGAAGCCAGAAAAACCUUGCAUGCAAACUCUGAAAGGCCUCAGCCAAGGCAACAGCUCUAACCACCGCACCCCCACCCCUCCCUGCAGCACAUGAUUUCAGUAGAGUUAACCACAUCUUUGGUGCUUCUCCAGAUAGACGAGCAUUAGAAGUUUGAAACGUUAAUUUGCAGCUGUUCCUCUCUCGGUCAAAUCUGCAGAACUGUCCUGACCCCCCGCUGAACUGUUUUGUCUUUAAGAUGUUAGAAAAGAGUGAAAGCUUCUUACUUUCCUUUUUAUCAUAAAAGAGCUGAUACUCUCUUCUUCUCUCCUAAUAAACUCCUCAGUACACACAGGAUUAAACAUCUGCUGAUGCUUCAGAUCUGUCAUUAAAAUGAUCGUUCAUGUUUGUCUCUCCUUCAGGAUCAAAAUCCCUCCUGACUGCACCACAGAGCUGAACCACAACGCGUACCUCUUCCUCCAGAGUGUCUUCGACAAACACGACAAGGUGAGCGGUCUGAACACUGAUGCUUUAUUCACAGAAAACCUCAAGUCUCUCCGACAUGUAUUUUAACACGUCUCUGUCUGUGUGCUCGACACAAUCCAGGACAGAGAUUGUGCGCUGUCGCCAGAGGAGGUGAAGGACUUGUUCAAAGUGUUUCCCUACAUGCCGUGGGGUCCGGAUGUCAACAACACCGUGUGCACUAACGACCAGGGAUGGAUCACAUACCAGGGAUAUCUCUCGCAGUGGACGUGAGUGUGGAACAAACCUAUUAAUACACACGAACGCAGACACAGACACACACUCACACGUCAUUUUACAGAAUAUUAUACAAGUGUUUUUCUGGUUGUUGUUUCUGUUUAUAUCCACUCAUGAUGGUUUGUGUGUUUCCUGCUGCAGCUUAACAACAUAUUUAGAUGUACAGCGUAGUUUGGAGUAUUUAGGUUACCUUGGUUACUCUAUCAUCUAUGAACAGGAGUCCCAAGCAGCUGCCAUCACAGGUAAGAGAUUAUCAUUCAGUUCAGCUGCUGUACACUGUCUGUGCUGUUAAAACUGAUCCAAACAGAAGAAUUCAUGAUUAUUUAUUGACCUAUUUUUGGAAAUCAAAGAACAUUACACCUGGUUAGUACCUGCAGUGUGUGUUUGAGGUUUUCUUUUCUUGAUGUGUGUAAUUUUCUGUUCUUGCAGUGACACGUAACAAGCGCAUCGAUCUGCAGAAGAAACAGACACAACGCAGCGUCUUCCGCUGUAACGUCCUGGGCACCAGAGGCAGCGGGAAGAGCGGCUUCCUUCAGGCUUUUCUGGGAAAAAACCUGCAGGUCAGUGGAAUUAAACUCUGCAGAACAUCUGGUCUUUGGUUCGGGGCUCAAGGAAGAAAAAGCAGAGUUUAUUUUUGCAGAAACUUUGUGGUGAAACUGAAGGAAAAUUAAAGUGUGCUGCUUCUGUCACCUGUUUUUAAAAAAUCUGUCUGUUCUUGUCGUGAUUGUGUCGCCCUUUAAAAAAGGAACCAGUUCAACUUGAUCUACUGUAAAAUAAGCAGAAAGUGAAUUUCUAGGAGCCUAAAUCAGCAGUUUUUAUCAGAUUUUUCUUCUUUGCUUUAACCUCAGAGGUCGAGUAAAUCACUCUGUCAAUUGAAACUAGUUCAUGAGUUUGUAAAUCGCCUCGAAGGUGAACGGGUUUGUUUUCCUCCACAGCGACAGAGGCGAAUUAGAGAAGACCACAAGUCCUUCUACGCCAUCAACACGACCUACGUUUACGGUCAGGAGAAGUACCUGCUGGUGAGAAACAUCGACUCCUCUUCUGCUGUCCGGAUUACCGUUACAUAAUCUGUGUAUGUUAGAUUUAAUUGUGCAUCGGCAGAAACUUUAAUCCCUCCAUCUGCACGCUCUGUCUCUCAAGCUCCAUGAGGUGAUGCCAGACUUUGACUUCCUGUCGGAGGCCGACCUCGCCUGCGACGUGGUCUGCCUGGUGUAUGACGUCAACAAUCCUCGCUCUUUUGAAUACUGCGCCAAAGUCUACAAGGUAAAUCAAGAAUGAGGAUGUGAUGAAUUUAACGAAGGUCAGACGGUGAUGCUGUAAGUGGGUCUGAGUGUCAUCAGAACUGCUCAGGGUAUUCCCGGUCUGCACUGGUAAGUACCUACUUAAAGUGGACUGGGGAAGUAAAACUGGUGAAGUUGAGACAGUCGAGGGCCGAGACUCAGUGAUGAAUGUGAGAAGUGAAGGCCGUCUCGAUCCAUCAGAGAACCACUGGAGCUCAAAUUGAAAAAAAAAAACUGAGUUCUAGUUCUGAUAAAGUGUUUCUGACCCGGUUCACCACGUAAAGGUCUAACAGAAGAAACCUUCGACUGUGUGUUUUGCAGCAAUACUUCAUCGACAGUAAGACGCCGUGUGUGGUGAUCGCCGCCAAGUCCGACCUGCACGAAGUACGGCAGCACUACAGCCUCUCGCCGCAGGACUUCUGCCGGAAACACAAGCUCCACCCACCUCAGCCGUUCACGUGCAACACGACCGAGGCGGUCAACAAAGACAUCUACACCAGACUCACCACCAUGGCCAUGUAUCCGUGAGUACUGAACCUUUCUAAUGAACUCUGUGUGACACCGUUCUUGUCUCUCCUGGAUGAAUAUUUAAAUCUGUGACAUAUUUAGGACUCUAUCAUGAAACUGAAACCCCCUCUGAGUCUGUACUGUGUUAAAAUUUGUCCCAUUUCCUCUUUAUUCCUCCUUGGAUAUUUAUCUAAAGUCCUCCUUCCUUGUCAUUUUGCCUCCUUUGAGUUGAGAGUUGACCUGGUGCAGGUUUUUGUUCUUGUAACUCAGAUCCUGUAAUUUAGCCUCGUGGUCGGCCUCCUCUUCCUCCUCUUCCUCCUCCUCUUCUUCCUUUUGUGUGUUGUUUUGAUACGGUGGUGAACACUCGCAUUUUUGUUGUGUAUCUUUUUGCAGCCACGCCCGACUCCGCUGCAUGUGUACCUGCAACAGGUGCACCUAUUGCCUGUGUCAGAACCUCCUCAAGUCGGAGCUGCUGCGAAAUAUUAAGGCCCAACUCCGCAGGGUCGUUUUCAACAGGUUCAUACCAAGACUAGUCCGGUGUUUUAACAUAGACUCCUUCCUCCUCCUCCUCCUCUCUGUGUCUGCUGACCUCCAGGAGGGGAGGGGCACAGAGAGGCUCCUUCCUCACCCAAGCUCUCUAACACCGUGGCGGUGACAGCUCCUCUGCUUUCCUCCCGUUUUGCUCCAGUCUUUUCGAUUUAUGUUGAUUAUCCACUGCAGGAAGGAAACCAGGAGUGUAAGAGAGGCUGAAUAUGAGGGGGAAAGUCUGUAGGUCUGAAGGGUCUCGAUCAGCAUUUGGAUUCUGGUUUUAUGUCCUUGUUUUGAGAUUUUUGGCUCUAAAAGAAGUAUAAAAGGUCCAGAAAAGUAGCUGAAAUCUCCAAAUGAAGCUGAUUUAUUUAUUUUAUUUUUCCGCACCAGUCAUGUUAGUUGUGUUGGUCUCUGCUCCAGCUCCACCCGGCCCUCCAGCUCUCUGUACACUUUGACACAGCGCAGUGUGACCCUGCUGUGCCGGCUAACACCCCGACUGCUAGCCAGGAAGGUGACCGUGUGUCGGAUGAAGUGUGGGAAUAAAAAUGCAUGGAUUAAUUUUAACCAUGAAACUGACUAACAGUCUGCAGAGUUAAUUUAACGAGGGUGCACAGAACUACAGGACUAGUCACCGAGGGUUAAACACUAAACGUGUCGUGUCGUCCUGCAGUGGAUAUGCAUAAAUCUGAACUAACAAGAGUGUAAUCUGAUGAAGACUUUGACUUUUUGACUCGUGCUGAACUGAAAACCUCAUUGUAGUCUGCAUGAUUAAAUUCUGUAAAAGCUGCACAGUAGCGUUUUUUUCAAACUUCUCAAACUUUUUAAGUUUUUCUCUCUUUGGUCGUUCAGGAUCUGUGAAUGAUGUUUUCAGUCAUGCUUUGUCCUCGUCGCCAUCCUUCACCUCGAAGUCUAAACCUACAGGAGACGCUUUAUUCUGCAGAGCUCAGGUGCUGCUUCAGACCGAGACUUGACUCAUUUGUCGAUAUUCAGUACUUGAGAUACUCGAGUGUUAGUUGAGGCUCAGUGGAAGAGUGGGUCGAGGUUGUAUCCCUGAACAUACCUCAGGAAAGACGCUAAAUAUACAUGAGUGGGAUGAGUUAAAGGUGCAGAUGCAUUUGUUGAAAGAGGUAGAUGAGGGUGUUUGUUAAAAACUUCAGUAAAAACAAAUAGAUGAUCAUAUAUUCAUUCUGCAUCACAGCAGCUUCUUGUCCUUCUAGGCCACUGUUACUUGACAAGCAGGAGGGGUGAGCACAGGAGUUAAAUACUCCCCCCUUCCUUCUUUCUCCUCACCGUCUUAUUCGCUCAAGCCGCAUCUCUUUGUGUUUGACUAAAAAUAAGCCCUAAAAGUGACACUUGUGCGCUCUCCUGUAGGUUAAGACCGCUUCAACUGAACCAGCUGAUGUUAGAAAUUCAACUUGUGUUUUUUCUGAUGUUUUAAUUGAUGUAUUGUUUUGUCAGUUGUCAUUUCAUCCUGUUUCUCCCCCCCUGUCUCGUACGUCCUGUCUUUAUGUUUUUCCUCCCACCCUUUAGGUGUUCAGACCCGUGUUUUUGGCUGCCCUUCUUCCUCUUCCUCCUGCAUGUUUUCACCCUCUGAUCAUCUGCAUGCUGCUGUGCUGCAUGUCUCACCUGCUCUCUACCUCUCUGGUUAACUAAAGGCAUGCCUCUGUCCUUGAAAGAUUAAAGUUCUCAUCUAUCUACCUCUGCAGUAAAGAGAGCUUGGUGUUUGGAGUCAGACAUGGGGGGUUAUCCAAGUAUUAACCGGGUUCGAGUGGCUGUUCAUGGCGUGUUUAGGUUCGGUUUGGUCGUCUGCUCAGACGCAGCUUUUGUUCUGAAGUGUUUUAUCUGAAACUAACCUCUCGUGCUGAAGUUCUCUACACUAUUAAUAGCAUGACACUUGUGCAGGUCAGCCCUGACAGCUUAAGGGUCCCACACAUCACAUUAAAGGCGUUAGCUGAGAAGUGGGUCAGUUGACUCGUUUUGCACCGUAUGACUUCAUCCUAACCCGAGUCAGUGAGCGGCGUGCGAAUCUUGAAAUAGCAUCUGAGUUUGCAAAAGAUCAACCCAAAGUUUUCUUUAGUAUUUUGAGUCUGUGGUGAUAUAUAAUAUAUUUAAACUUUGACGUGAUACAGAGAAAAGAGAGAGAAGGAGAUCUGAGCCAAACAGAUGGAGGGAUGGAGCAGAGCAGUAUUAGAAAAAGUACAUGUUAAACUCUUUAAUGAGAUUAUUCUGACUUUUUUUUGACCCUCAAACAUCUAAAACUUAGAUUUAGACUUGAUUCAAUGGCUGCCAUGCGGUGUGUUCAGUUGGUAUUUGAGGCUUUUCACUGUUUCUAUUUUUUUUUUGCAUUGUUUGGAGUGUGUGGUGGUAUUUGGAUAUAUCUGCAUUCAUGGUUGAGCUUAUGCAUUCGUGGUUUUUUUGGUGGGGAGGGGAGUUUGGUUUUUAUGAGGCCAGGUAGAGCUGGGUGAUCGGGGUAAAUACAGAAAUUCAGUGGAUGAUGGAGUCAUUCAACCCGAACAAAAACAAUAAAAAAGUGACAAACUGUCUGCAUAGGGAGAAGUAUGAAGAGAGGGAACAGACGCCACAUACUUCAGCAUUUUUAGGCUAAAGUAAUAAACACCACCCGUCCCUAAAUUCGCCCUCAGACGACACGAAAGAUGAAGCAAAACAAAGUCUCAAUUCAGGCUAAACACGACCACAUGAUUCUGUCGGUGUCUCCCAGCUCUACCUACUUGCACACACCUGGGCAACCAUGUGACCUGGUGUUGUGUGUUUCUAUGUGUGUGUUUGUGUGGUAUGGGAGGCUCCUGGGCUGGGUGGAGGCUGUGGGGGGCUGCCUGCUGUUAGAAGAGGGUUUCAGGCUGACACAGCAGGUUUCAGCCGUCUCCAACCUGGAGGGGUCCGUCUUUGUGGAGGCCUCUGCCGGGCAGCUGAUCCCCCCAGACAGGUAAAGGAAGAAACACCUGAAGAGAGAGAGAGAGAGAGAAAAAGAGGGAGGGAAUGAUGCUGGCUCUAAGUUUAGCGGGAUAAACGGACCUGCUAGCAAAAAAUAUGUUUUUUUAUUUUUUAUUUUUAGAGAUUUACGAAAGAGGUCAGUGAUGACGUGGGACAAAAGACCUUAGGAGAGUUUGAACCCUGUCCCACAGUCUCUGUUCAUAUGUGUGAUUUACCAAGUAAGCCAAUCGGGCGCCCCAGCAGAAUGUGCAGAUUUUAUUCCAGGUGGAGAGCCAAAGAAGAUCAAUUCAAAGUCAUAUCAGAUGUUUACUUUCAGCUUCAUCCUAAAACUGUGAAAUCUCCUGAAUCUGCUCCUCAGUCUGUCGCUAAACAAGAGUCAAAAUCUUCAGCAAACGUCAAACUGAAGUGAAAAUGGGAAAGACACAUUAAGGUCGUGAAGGUUUGUACUUGUGGUAUUCUGGUUACACACAGGUGACCUUAACUAGUUCAGGGAGGCGUGUGAAUGCACCGCUUGUGUUUUCGCAGACAGAUCAGACGUACGGCGGGGAAAAAGUGGAUCGGGUUUAGUGUCCAGAAAUAGAAGAAGGUUGUUGAUGAACAUUUGUUUGGUUUAUGAAAUCCCAAAGAGGUUAAAGUCCGUCUCUGCCUGUGUUUUUGUUGUUUUCAUGCUGUAAUCUCAGAAAAAAUGGAAGUCACUAACUUUAUUGACAUCCAGCGGUUGUUCCAGUUUUCACGCUAAGCUUGGCGAACAGGCUGCUUUCUGUAUAUUUAUUUACAGUGGAGUUUAGAGGGGCUUAAACAGAGCACUAGGAAGUAUCUUCACCUCUGUUUGCUGUCGCUCUCUGUCAUAAAGUUGGCCUACUUCCUGCCGGUUCUGUCUUAACUUUAUAAAAAUGAACUUUUUUCAUAGUUUUCUGUGUCCAGGUGAGAAUCGCAGCAGCGCUCUCUUUUUUUCCUCCCUCAGUGGCUUUAUUGUCUCCUCCUGUUCCCCUAAACUGAACUGAAUGUCAAGACAAAGCGUGUGUUCCUGUUUGAACCUGGAAACAGGCCACUGAUUCUGCCGUUUACAAUCCUGAUUCAGGAAGUACGCAGUGGCGAGCGAACACGUGACUUUGUUUUGUCAUUUGGUGACUAAUCCGUCUGUGGUGUUGAGUGAAACUGAAGACGAUCCCUCCUUUCUCUCCUCACAAACUCUCUUCUCUCUUCUAUCCCCUCUCAGGCACAUGGCUCAGGCGGAUCUGAAGAACUCCACCUUCUGGCUGAGAGCGAGCGUCGGCGCCACAGUGUGCGCCGUGCUGGGCUUCGCCAUGUACAGAGCGCUUCUCAAACAGCGGUGAUCAGACAGCUGUCCCUCCCGGUCCCUCUCUCGGUGACUCUGUCCCCUUUUUUCUCCUACCUAAAGACUCAAAAAGAAAAAAAAGACUGACCAACCAACCUGGGCGGUAUCCUAAAGACCACACUGACACCUCAUCCCCUUCCCACAAUGCAACACGGGCUAGACGCAAAUGAGCAAAACCCUAGGUACAUUUUUUUAUGCAUUCAAAACAAGGUGUGUGGUUUACUGUUUAUGUUGCAGGGAAACAGGCGGGUUUAAAACAUCACUUAUUCACGAGUUCAUCCUGACACUGAUGGUCUGGUCUAGUCCUGGUCCAGGUCAGACUCACUGACUGUCAAUAAAGAUGGACCUCCUGCCUGUUGUGCAGGAGUGAAGCCAGACUACCCCUGCUAUGCUGCAGGCACUGGAGGCUGAGUGUUCAGGACUCACCACUUCUGCUUCCCAAAACUCCCCCAGCAGACGAUCAAAAGUCCAUGAUCCUUCAGGGAGGUAGAGUCCGGAGCAGAACAGAUUCUUGAGUCAGUUUGAAACUGAUACACACUGGCAUCCAAAGUUUCGUGACUCUUGUGAGAAUUUGUCACGGUUCCUCUCACUAGUCCUCGUCCUCUCUGCUGAUCCAGCACCUACAGCGCUGCAGGAGCCUCAUAGGUCUACAGAGUCAUGGUCCCUCUGUUUUUUCAGUCUUCAGUAUCCACUGAUAGGGUCCUGAUCCUGAUGCAUGUGUUCACCUGGAUGACAGAUCUGCACAGCAUCUACUGGACUUGCAUGCUCUGCAUUGAGAUCCUCAAAAUCGAUGUGCAUGCAAACUCCGGGCUCAGGCAGAACAUGUGGUCCAGUUUCAGUCUGUUUGAGCUGUAUGCAUGAUCCAGGUUCAUUUGUCCGACUAUGAGAAGUUUGAUUUAGCACGAUUUAGUCGGACUAAUGUGUUUACAUGGUUUUUAAAAGUUCAGUUUCAGUCUGACUGGGACUAUAAAUCGAUUUUUUUUUUUACAUGUAAACACACUAAGCAUGGAAGGACAUGGCAAAACCUGAAUCCUCUACCUCAGCGAUCGGGGAGAGAUGAAUUGGACCCUCUCAUUUGGCCUUUCUCGCUCUCUUAACGGCGUUUAUUCCUCCUUUCAAAGUCCAGAGUUUGUUGCAUCUGCAGCCUUCGUAUCAUGUUCGUAGUAUUAAACGCAGCUUCACUGGUACCACUAGUGAAACUAUCAUGUUGCACUCACUAAAGGUCGAACUGUUUUUGCCUUCUAGUUUGAGAUGGGUUGCUGAUGCUCACUCACAAGUUUGAGCUCGUCAUAAAUCAGCGUGAUGAAAAUUUACCAUCGCAAUUUAAUUUUAAACUUUGCCUCAUGUCCCAUCUGUUCCCAUGGAGAAAGCGGGCUUUAUGAGAUGCCAGCUGGGGUGGGCUGGUCCAUCUUUAUCUACAGUCUACGGUAAAACUGACAUCUGUGAUCUGCUGGUCUAGUCUAGUCCGGGUCAGACUGUAGGAGUCUCUGGAUGUUUCCAGCUGAUCCAGCCCUUUUUGUUUUUCAUUUCCUCAGGUCAGUAUUAUUCAUUCAUUCAUUGAUUCAUGAGCUGGUUGGAGAUCAGAGAGAAUCAGCCAUACGGUCACACCACAAAGGGACUGGACUCUGUUCAUAGAUGUGUAUAUGCAGUAUAUUAUGUAUGUAUUCAGAACUUUUAGGAUCGGACUCUUAGACAGAAACACAAGCCUGAGACAUCACCCACAUGAGGUCUAUCCAUCUAACACUAGAGGAGUCAUUCACUUGUUUAUUUUGAGUGUUUAUUUAUUAACCUGUUUCUUUGUUUUCAUGUCUGUUUGAGUGCACUGCAUGAAACAGAUGGAGGGAUUGACAUUUUCCAUGUAUUUUUGUAUUUAGUAUUAUCAAAGCUUGUCCUUAAGAUUCAUCAUUUUGUUAAUUUUCUGGUUUUCAUAUAGAGCUUUGCCCCUCAUAUUAUAUUUUUAUGAAGUUAGAGGCACCAUAGAGACAGACUUAAAGCUAUUAACAACAGCCAUUCAGCGCACCUCUCCCACCUUAAAACUAUCAAAGUGUUUCUUCUCAAUUUACUGUUUUUUUUUUUUUUCAGCAUUUACAAUAAAAAAUGUACGAUCUGGCUCAGCCGAGUUUGAGUGGGUGAAAUGACGAUUUAACAGCAACAAGGAGGAUGAAAAUGAUUUUAAAAUCUGUAAUAAACGACUUUACACCCGCUGA